CGCCAAUGGCCCGACGCCAGCGCAGCGAGUCGCGUGUGGCCGCAGCUUUGCAGGUCAUAGUUCCAGCUGAUGCUACGCAGCGGCCGCUUGAGACCUUGACAGAGGUAUCGAGCUUAACAGCAUUGUCCUCGAGUUCAUCUUCGUCCUUGCCGACAUCUUCUUCAGCCACAUCUAUUUCUGCUGCAUUUGAUCUAGCUACUGGUUUGGUUACUAUGCAAACUUCUCUUUUGUCACCAAUAGAGGCUGGUCGAACGACAUCCUCUCAUCAAUAUCCAUCGCUUACUCGCACUGGAGUUUCUCGUCUGCAGCAGCCAUUCCACGCGAAUUCUUCUCUCGUAAGGGAGGGCGAGGAUAUACUGCAACUGCUCCUUGAGCAGUAUUCCCACCCAGAUCUCGAAGAACUAGUCAACAACUGGUACACAGAUCUCGGAGACAGCCCAGUUGGUGGUCCUUUAGCUAAGGCGGCUUGGCGCGCAAUCCAGAGCAAUUUACAGAACCUUCACUCCAGUCGAUUACUGAAUCGUCUCCAGGCCACCUCUCGAGAUAUUUUUGAGCACACUUCUCGGCCACUCAACAUGCCCACGACCGCCGCAGAUGGCGCUCUUGAAAAGGAGCUUUGCGCUAUCCGAUGGGAAACUGUUGGAAUGUAUUUCGCGCUCAUCGGGAUGGUUAUCGCAUCGGCCAAAACCCCCAGUACUAGUUUCUCAGGUCGCCAGUGGUUUGGCGACCGUAAGGCAACGUCCAGUGAUGCCUUUGAUGCCUGUAUGCGAUGCGAAGCUCUAUGCAAUCGCGUUGGCCAAAUGAACGACCUUUCUGUGUGGCUUGCUGUCCUGGCCACCACACUUUCCACCUGGUGUUUUGGGGACGAUUCUUGUCAGGCCUGGCGUCUAAUGGGGAAUUUGUCUUCCACAAUAUUCGCCCUCAACUACCACAAAGGGUUUCAAGAUGACAUGAACACUCCAGCGUACUUGGUCGAGCUUCGAAAACGAGCCAUGGCCCUAUCACACGAGCUAGACAAGUCCCUGGCGACGUUUGUCGGUCGACCCCCACGCUUGAAUAAGAACUAUUGUACCAUACAAUUACCCCUUGAUCUCUCAGACUCAGUUAUUGUCGGGCCUGCCGAACUGUUAGCGCUACAGAUAUCGCGACUAGAUGGCGAUGGUUGGAAUAAAGACAUGUGUGUACAUCCAGCGUCUCGUCAACGAGCGAUUGUUUGGCUAAGCUCGAUCCGUGAGGAAAUUCUUGAGUUGUCACUGGGAACCAUAACUCAAGAUCUCGUUCAUGAAGCCCAGGAAAUACUGACUCGGGCAUCGUCGACCUGGGAAACUAUGCCUCACUUCAUGCAGUAUGAGCCAUCCCUAUGGGGGCGAACGGCACCUUCAACCAUUAUAAUGCUGUUGAGCCUAAAACUUGAGUAUUUGUAUAGCAAAUUUCUUCUAUACAAGAUGCUAGUGAAUCAAGGCAGUAGCCAUCGUCAUGCAUUGAUUCAAAUUUCCCACGAAACCCUGGGGUUAGUCCUCUCAGUAAUGAAGAAGAGAGAUGUCAUUGGCUCCCAUAAGAUCGAUUUGGAAUGGACGAUAGUAUUUUACGCGAUGCCAUGCGCUAGUGUCUUGAUUCUAGAGUUAUUUCGACUAGCCAGCCUACCAAAACCACAGCCAUCCGUCGCUUUGAAUAGGUCGACCAUUAUCCAGGACAUCAGCGUUCUCAUAUCGUGCUGCGAUUGGCUAACUGAGUCGGGAAAGGGCAAUUAUGAACUCUGCAAACAGGCUCAGUCGAUCUUUUCGAAAGCUCUGGAUCAGAUCCUCAAUAAUGAGAUGCCUUUGACACGCCCACUGCCAACCAGUCCAACUGUAAGCAUCAAUGAUGCGCUGUCGGCAGAACUUCCUGAGGUGCAAAACCUGGACACUAUCACUCAAGACCUGCAGUGGGCAGCAUGGCUAGACACUGUUGACUUCCAGGGGGAACCAUGGCUGGAGAUGCUUAAACCGCCUACGAAUUUUUUUGGAGACCUCGACGAUUACUGCUACUGAAGCUGGUAACACGAGGAAGCUUCAGGGUACCAAUAAAACUUUACAUAUACCUUAGACGGAAAUUCUGCGUAUCUAGAAGGUGACGAAACAUGAAAAGAACAUCUAACGC